UUAAAGUGAAACUAAUAAAGAUUAAAACUGCCAAGUGAAGUGUUAAACAUAAAUCUGAAAGCAAUCUUUGAAAACAUGUUGGCCCAAAGUGCCCAACCGAAUUAACUGAGACCGUGGAAAAAUCGCUUAUUUCGAGCUUACCAAUUUUUAAAAGCGGAUUCAGAACCGGAUUAAGUCUCACCCGAAAUGGAGGACGAACUGCGCUGCCCCACGUGCAAGCAGCUGUACGCCAAUCCGGUGCUGCUGCCCUGCUUCCACGCCCUCUGCCUGGGCUGUGCUUUGGACAUUCAGACCCCCUAUAAUCCGGGGUCAGGUCUCCCAGUGACCACCAACGGAUCGGGGGCUUCCUCCACCGCCGGACACAAUGGACUCCAUGGACCCGUGAACGGAGGAGCGGCCGGGGGAAACACAGCUGGAGCUAAUUCCGGUGGCCCUGGCACCCGUCACAGCUCCCACAGCUCCGCGGCCAGCACAGCCAGCUCCAAUACCGGGAGCGAGAGCGUCACCUCCGACCAGGAUCAGUCGGACAAGGUGAGCAUCUUCAGCGAGGCGGACUCGGGUGUCGUCUGCUGCUCCAACACAUCGCGACCGGUCUCCUAUGCCGGCACUGGAAUGCUACCGGGUGUGGGUAACGUGGUGGCUCCACCGGGAGCUGCCUACUGUCUCACCUGCCCGCUCUGCCGCAAGCUCGUGUUCUUCGACGAUGGCGGGGUAAGGAACCUGCCCACCUACCGGGCCAUGGAGGCCAUCGUCGAUCGCUUCUGCGCCCGCGAGGCGCUCCGCUGCCAGAUGUGCGAGACGGACCCCAAGGUAGCUUCGUUGAUCUGCGAGCAGUGCGAGAUUCGCUACUGCGAUGCCUGUCGGGAGCUCUGUCAUCCGGCCCGCGGUCCGCUGGCCAAGCACACACUGGUGAAGCCCCGAGGAGCUGCCCAGCAGCGUGAGUCCGUAUGCGGGGAGCACGAGGAGGCACUCUCCCAGUACUGUCUCAGUUGCAAGGCGCCCGCCUGCGGGCUGUGCCUCCAGGAGCAGCGCCACCAGGCCCACGACGUUCAAUCCAUCAACGUCACCUGCAAGGCUCAAAAGACGGAGCUGUCGCACAAUCUGCAACAAUUGUCGGAGAAGGCACGUUCCACGACCGAAUUCAUCCAGCGCCUCAAAGGCAUGAGCGACAAAGUAACGGAAUCCUGCAUGGAGUUCGAGCGACUGGUGCACGCCCAAUGUGAAGCUUUGAUUCAGGCCAUUCACGACAGACGCGAAUAUCUGCUGGAGGCGAUUCGCAUGGACAAGGACACCAAGAUCAGGAUAUUGAAGGAUCAACAAUCAAACUGCACUGGCAAACUGCAACAAACCACAGGACUUAUUCAGUUCUGCAUUGAAGCUCUGAAGGAGACUGACAGCGCCGCCUUUCUACAGGUUGGUGCCAUGCUUAUAAAUCGAGUGGCCAACACAGACAUGACCUGGCACCAGGAGGUCACAAAUGCUGCCCCCCGGGUUUCGCCCAUCGUAGACUUGACCCUUGAUGAUGCCGCCUUGGCUCGUGCCAUUGAUAACUUGAACUUUAUCCAAAUGAAAGCCGUCAAAGAUGGAGAUGAAAGAUGUCCGGCAGCCCCCAUGACGCCAACCAUUCUGCCAUCGGACUGCUCGGCGGAGAAUAAUUCCGUGACAGUGGCGUGGCAGCCACCGAAUCAUUCCUUUGUCGAGGGCUAUGUCCUCGAACUGGACGAUGGCAGCGGUGGAGAGUUUAGGGAAGUCUACUGCGGCAAGGAAACAAUUUGCACCGUGGACGGGCUGCACUUCAACUCGAUGUACAAUGCCCGGGUGAAGGCCUUCAAUAGCGCCGGAGAGGGUGAAUACUCGGAGCUGAUUGGACUUCAGACCGCCGAAGUGGCCUGGUUUACGUUUGAUCCCGUUUUGAGCGGCGGUGCCGGUUCGGGCUUAAUCUUUAGCAAAAACAACGCCACCGUUAGCGUCGAGGGCUGGGAGCACCGGGUGGCCCUCGGCUCGGUUGGAUUCUCCCGCGGCAUCCACUACUGGGAGUUCACCAUCGACAACUACACGGCGGACACGGAUCCGGCCUUUGGAGUGGCACGUAUCGACGUGGCCCGGAACAAAAUGCUCGGCAAGGACGAAAAAUCAUUUGCCAUGUACAUCGACCGUCAGAGAUCCUGGUUCCAGCACAAUUCCAUCCAUGAGCGACGAGUCGAGGGGGGAAUCACCACGGGAAGCACGAUUGGUGUACUCCUGGAUCUGGAGAGGCAUACUCUGAGUUUCCUGGUCAAUGAAAUGCCACAGGGAUCGGUGGCUUUCCGGGACCUCUACGGUGUUUUCUAUCCGGCAGUAAGCAUCAAUAGGGGCGUCACACUGACCAUGCACACGGCUCUGGAUGCCCCGAAAAUGGACUACUUUUAGAGAGUAUGGCAGGGUUGGACCGAGGGUAGCUAAUUGUGUACAUAUAGAGCUUGGCAUUUGACAGUUAUCGGUGUCUAUAUAUAGCAUUACCUUAAUACGAAGUGUUUACUCAGACAUCUUACAUAUAUGUAUGUUAUGUGUACGUGUAGUUUCGGGCAAGUUCAGCGACAUAUCUCCACUUAAUCGUAUCCCUAUUCGUAGUACUAGGCACCGUUUGUAAAACGCUGCGCCAAAAACGGAGAACAAAUUAUUGAAAAUAAUUGAAAACAUUUUCGCAGUAACUUUAUGUAAAUAUAAACACAAAUUAUCGGCAUACUAUAAUAACAAAAGCUCUGAAUGUUUUACAUCACAAAAAUAAAGCCAAAAAUCAAGCACAGUGCAACAAAACAAAACUAAAAAUCGCAAACACCAAAAAAUAAAUCAAAUUUCAACGCAAGCGAACGACAAAAUAAGGUAAAAAUCCAAUUAGCCAUUAGUGUAGGUAAAUAUCUGCAUUUGUGUCACAACAUACGCGAAAGUAAAUGUUUAUGGUUAAUAAAAUUAAAACACAUUUGUCUGAGGCUAGAAUGCAAUCAAAACUGGAGUGGUGGGAGAAGUUUUUAUUUUAAAGACUGAAUACAAAUGUUGUUAAUAAGACAGUAAAUGGAACGCCUCAUUUGUGCAAAAUGGAAAAAUACUUAAAAUUCACCAAAAUCUUUCCCAUAAUUACCCAAUGUUACUGAAAAACAAAAAAUAUUUUAGAGCACACAAAUGGCAAAAAAUCCCAACAAAAAAAAAAAGGAAAAACGAGAGCCAACAAUUUCGCUUAUAAAAUCAAAUAUGCAUCGGAAUAUUUAUAAUUAAAGUACCUACCAAUUAAGUUCCCUGUAAAUAUUCAUGUAUUUUUUAAUAAACGUUCGGCUAUUCUAGUUUUUCCUAUUUAAGGUUUAAUAAAAUAACAUUAAAUUCCAAUGUAUGUACGAAAUAUUUAUACUUUUCAACUUAAGCGUAUCUACACGGAAAAUCAACAAUUAAAGUUAAUUACCACGUACUAUGCAUGUUUAAAUAUUUAUAAUUGUAAUAAUAUUGAAAUACAAAUAAAACAGAGAGCAAAAAAUGUAAUUGCAUAGGCAUGAACAAGCACACA